AUGGCGACUCUAACACAAACUGCCACUCCUCUAUCUCUUGAUGCCUUCCCUGAUGGCCUCAAGACCACUGGCCAACACCCCCCGCUUUACGACGCCCUCCGUCCCUUCGACAAGUUCCCCAAGUCCAUCUCAGGCCCUACUCUGUGGAAGCCCGAGGACUACAAGGACGCUCCUGAGAAAUGGACCCAUCGCUUCUCUGCUGAAGAGAUUGCCGAGCUCAGCGCAACUGCUGAUGCCUUCUUGGCCGCUAAGACCCCUCUGACUGGUAUCUCAAAGAGCAACUUCCCUCUUCCCAAGCUCUCCGCCCUCCUUACAGACCUCCGCGAGGACCUCCUCAAUGGAAAAGGCUUCAUCCUCUUCAAGGGCUUCCCCGUGGAGGAAUGGGGCAACCACAAGUCUGCCGUCGCCUACAUGGGUCUCGGCACAUACCUAGGCUACUUCAUCUCCCAGAACAGCCGCGGCCAUGUUCUCGGCCACGUCAAGGAUCUCGGCGAAGACCCAACCCAGAUUGACUCUGUGCGCAUCUACCGCACAAACGCCAGACAAUUCUUCCACGCUGAUGACUCCGACAUCGUCGGCCUCCUCUGCAUCGCUCGUGCCCUCGAAGGAGGUGAAUCAGACAUCGCCUCCACCCACAACGUCUACAACACUCUCGCCGCGGAACGCCCCGAUGUCCUGAAGACCCUCAUCGAACCAAUCUGGUACUUCGACCGCAAGGGCGAGACAUCCAAGGGCCAGGACGAGUUCAUCCGCACCAGCGUCAUCUACCUCGAGCGCGGCGAUACCCCGCGAGUAUACACAAAAUGGGACCCCUACUACGUCCGCUCCCUCGGCCGCUUCUCAGAUGCAGGCCUAGUCCCCCCUCUCUCACCCGCCCAACUCGAAGCCCUGCAAGUCCUCGAAGAAACCUGUCAGCGUCUGGCGCUCCACAUGGUCCUCGAAGUCGGGGACAUCCAGUUCGUGACGAACUCGCAUGUCCUGCACUCGCGCACGGAAUAUAAGGACUAUGCCCCGCCUGCGCCGAGAAGACACCUCAUGCGCCUUUGGCUCUCGACGCCGGAGAGCGAGGGUGGCUGGCGUCUGCCGUUUUGGGACAGCAAUGAGAAGAAGAGGGGUGGUGUGCAGGUUGAUGAUCAACCGCCGGUGGCAUUGUUGGAUGCGGAAUAG